UAAACGGUGGUGUCGUCGACACAUUACGUCCGACCAUGCAGUAAAAACAUUGGAGGUUUCUGUUGAUAUUUCACUAGUAAUGCAUCGCUGUUGUGUAUAUAUCUUUCCCUUUAAGCAGUCUACUUAGAAGGAUUUAACUGAGCUAAAUGGAGGAAGAAAGCACAUUAAAGCCCUUAAUCAAAGCAGUUCAACAUGGAGAGCUGUGCACAGUCAGAGAGCAACUCAGUGAGCACGUCAACAAGCAGGCUGUCAUCUAUACUCAUUUUGGGAAAUCUGGAGAUACUUUACUGCACUAUGCUGCCAGACAUGGACACAUGGACAUUUUGCGUUAUUUAGUAGAGGAGCUCAACAUGGACAUCGAGGUGUAUAACAACGACUACAAGAGAGCUCUGCAUGAGGCUUCUUCCAUGAGUCAUUAUGAGUGUGUGCGGUACCUCAUUGCCAGGGGAGCGAAAAUAGACAGUUUGAAGAAAGCAGACUGGACCCCUCUUAUGAUGGCCUGUACCCGUCGAAACCUCGAUGUCAUUUUGGAGCUGCUGAAUCACGGUGCUGACCCAAUGCUGCAGAACAAGGAUGGAUGGAACUCAUUCCACAUUGCAUGCAGAGAAGGAGAUCCAGCCAUCAUACACCACCUCCUACUGGCCAAACCCGAGGUCUGGAAGACAAAGAGCAAGACUGGCAGAACGCCCCUCCACACUGCUGCUAUGCACGGCUGUGAGGAUGCAGUGAAGAUUUUGCUUCAAAGUUGUAGCUAUGAGCCUGAUGGGAAGGACAGUUGUGGAGUCACACCAUUUAUGGAUGCCAUAAGGAAUGGACACAUAGCUAUUGCUAAACUGCUUCUUGAGAAUCACCAGGCAUCUCCCUCAGCUGUAGAUAUUCUCGGUGUGCAGCCCCUACACCAGGCCUCUGUAACUGCUCAGGAAGAAGCACUUUCUUUUCUCGUGCAUAAUCUUGGUAUCGAUAUAAACUCAAGAGCCACAAAACUGGAGCUGACUGCAUUACAUUACGCUGCAAAGGAAGGUCACACAAGCACAAUAAAAACACUGUGUGCCCUGGGCGCUGAUCUACAUGCAAGAGACACAAAAGGAAGAUCAGCUCUACAUAUGGCAUGCAUUGGGCAGCAUGUGGACGCCGUUAGGAUGCUGCUACAAUUGGGACUCACAGAUACUGAAGACAAUACUAGCAAUACAGCAAGACAGUAUGCCAAACCUCACAUUAAAGAAGUGUUUGAGUCUUGAAAUGUAAUAUCUGUGUCAAAUUAAUAAAACAUUGCUUUGAGUGAAUAUUACGCAAAAGUGGAGACACAAAGUUACAAAAUAAAUGCUUUUUAUGAAAGUCAUGUGGUAUAACUAUGAAUUUGUGUCUUUUCAUAUGAAAAGCGCGACAU